GCAAAGUCAACAAUAACAGCAUCAAAAGUAAAAACAAAAACAACAAAAAUGGGCGGCGGCAAAGACAUACGCCGCGGCCUAGAGCCCUUGGAGUUUGAGGAAUGCAUCGUCGAUAGUCCCGAGUUUCGUGAUAAUUUGAAUCGUCACGAAAAGGAAUUGGAUCACACUAGUCAACAGAUCAAGCGCAUUAUCAAAGAGGUUAAAGAUCUAAUGAGUGCCGCAAAAGUGCUUUCCACACGAAUGAAACAGUUGGCCAUUCUGUUGAACGAUUUCAACUUUGAGUGCAUCGGCACCGCUCAGACCGACGAUGAGAACGUCAUUUGUGAGAGCUUAAAGCGCUUCGGUGCGAUUAUUGGCACCAUCGAGGAUGAACGCGAGAAAAUGCUAACUCUUGCGGAUAAACAUAUUAUUGAAUCGCUGGAGGAUUUUCGCAAGAAACAAAUCGGCGGUGUCAAGGAGAACAAAAAGAAGUUUGACAAGAAGACGGAGAAGUUCUGUCAGUCACAGGAGCGCUUCCUCAACAUGUCAACCAAAAAGCCAGAGAACACGAUACAAGAGGCCGAUGCCAGUUUGGGCAUGCAUGAGCGCGAAUACAUUCAGGAGUCGCUCAGCUAUGUACUGCGCAUCCAGGAGGUGCAGGAACGCAUCAAAUUCGAGUUUGUCGAAAUACUAUUGGCAUUCAUAUCUGGCUGGCUGGUAUUCUAUCACACCGCUCACGAGCAGGCCGAGGACCAUCGCGACUAUCUGCAGGAUCUGAGGCACAAAGUCCAAAAGACUCGCGAAAAUUUUGAGGAAGCUCGCGAAAAGGUCACCGAGCUAAAGACCAAGUACAUGGAAAAGCGUACGAAGUCGGAGGAGAUAUUCACCAAACGCGGCUAUUUGUUUUUGAUGGAAAAGAGUUCCCUUCUGAAAAUCUCACUUUUAGAGCCUUUCAAAGCAACAUGGACGAAAUACUAUUGCACAUUCAAGAAGCAGAAGCGCGAAUUCACAAUGCUCCAGUUCAAUCAGAUGAACCACAGCUUUACGCGUCCCGAGGCGCGUGAGGACGAGAAGCUGACCCUGUUCUCGUGCCAGCGUCGGGCGUCGGAGUUUGAGAAGCGUUUCUGCUUCGAUCUAACAUUCAAGGAGAGGCCGGGCAUUGUCUACACAUUUCAGGCGCUGAGCGAGAAGGAUCAUCGCUCCUGGCUGAGCGCCAUGGACGGCACGGAGCCGACGUAUCUGGUGCCCGGUAAAAUGAAAGCCACUGAGGCCUAUCAAUUGGAUGAGACCGGCUUCAUGUUUGUACGCCGAUGUAUACAAAUUCUGGAGGGCCGCGGUCUGGAGGACGAGGGCAUUUAUCGGAAGAGCGGCGUGGGCACCAAAAUCAACAAGCUGCUCGCGCUCGGCAUGGAGCGCAAGGACAACGAGGAUGUCUUCACCGAUGACAAGUAUCGUGAUCUCAUGGAGAGCAACACCAUUGCCAGCGCCCUCAAGAUGUAUCUGCGCAAUCUGAACGAGCCCCUCAUGACCUAUCACUAUCACAGCGGCUUCAUCGAGGCAGCCAAGAAAGAGAGCCUCAAUCAGCGCGUCAACGAGGUUCACAAACUGGUCUACAAGCUGCCGCAGCCAAACUUUGAAAUGCUGGACAUGGUCAUCAGGCAUUUAACAGAAGUCUCGCGCAAAUACGAGAAGAACAAAAUGUCUGUAUUCAACUUGGGCGUUGUCUUUGGGCCAACUCUGCUGCGUCCGCUGGAGGAGACGGUCGCCGCCAUUUUGGACAUCAAGUUCAACAAUAUUGUCAUCAACAUACUCAUCGAGAACUAUGAGCGCAUCUUCAAGAACGAUCCGAGCACUGGCGUAGCCACAGCUGUCAAUGCCGCUGUCUCAGCAGCCAAUCUGCAUCCGAGCAGCAGCAGUCCGCCGACGAGAAUGCCGCGUGCCUCACAGGUGGGCAAGGCUGCAUCGACAGGUGGCGGCGGUGGCGGCGGCGGCGGUGGGAGUGUGGGACGUAGCUCGCUGUAUUCGCCAGAACAGAAGGUGUACCGAGUGCUGGCCAAAUCCAAUUAUCAAGAUCCCACAAUGUCGUCCAGCUUGCAGAAUAUUCCAAAUGGCAUGAUCUACGCCCAUGGGCCGGCCAGUGCGAGCAACAGCACACCGCCCGGCGGUGUCACCAGCAGCAGCAGCAACACAAAUGGCGGCGCCGGCGGCGGCGGAGGCGUUGGCUCUUCGCUGACGGUGGUGUCGGCGCAUGCGACGAACGGUGCACGGCCCGCCCAAAUGGGCAGCAUGAAGAACCUGCACGCCAUGACGCAAAACGAGCUCGGCGGUCGUCGCAGCGGCUCCUCGAGCACGGAUGCAGCGGCCGCCGUCUAUGGCAUACUGGGCGGCGGCGGUGGCCCCAGCACAAACGGUGGGGCAGCGCUGCAGGCGCAUCAUGCGACGCCGGCCACGGCCAGCAGCAAUCUGCGGCAUGCCGACUAUCUAAUGGCCACGGCCACACCGGUGGCCCAGUCGGCGUCCAGCAGUCACAUCUAUACGAACGCCAGCAGCAAUCGUCUCAGCCUAAACGAUGUCUCCCCGCCCACGGCCACAAUGCGCAAGGAGCGCCACCUGCAGACCUCUGGCAGCAGCAGCGCCGUCAUUGGCAGCGGGCCACAGCAGCAUCCGCCGGUGCAGCGCAGUCACUUUGCCUACAGCCAGGCGAAGCACUAUUCACCGGUGGCAGCCGCCUCCACAUCCAGCUCCAAUGAGAGCGUCUGCGACUCGCUCUCCUCGAACAAUGGCCUGAUUGGUGUCGGCGUCGGCGGCAGUGGAGGCGCUGCCCUCAUUACUGGCGGCGGUGGCGGCGGCGGCGGCGGCAGCAGCGCCAAUGUGACGCGUUUGCUGAACGCACGCAGCUCGAUCGAUUAUCCGCCAAUCACAUCGCAGACAUCGUCGCUGUCCACACUGCUGGGCAGCACCUGUGAUGACAUUGUUACGGCCACCGCGGCGCCAUCCAUGAUCGGGGGCAGCGGCAUGGGCAGCCUCACCGGCGCCGGCAACGGUAGCGGCUCGACCAACGAGAGCGCCGACUAUGCGCCAACCAAAAUGCAUCGCAAUCGUGACAUCAACCAAAUCAAGCGGGAUCUAUCCGCGGGCACAGCACGCGUGCGUACUCUGUAUGCCUGCAUGGGCGAGAGCGAGGGCGAGCUAUCCUUUGAGCCAAAUCAGAUUAUAACAAAUGUGCGAUUCUCCCAUGAGCCUGGCUGGCUGCAAGGCACGCUGAAUGGCAAGACGGGUCUUAUACCGGAGAACUAUGUGGAGCAUCUGAAGCCAUACCACUAGAGUUUUGCAUUCUGGAGCAUUCUGACCCUCCUCCUCCUCCUCCAGCCCGCUCCAGCCCGCUCCAGCUGCCUCGUUCCAGAACUGCGUCUAGCCUAGUGUAGUGUAAGCCACAUUAGCCCAAGUCUCUGUCAUAUUAGAGCGCCAACCAAAAUCGCAACUGUAAAAUUGUAUAAAAACUGAGAGGGAGAUAGAUAGAAAGAGAGAGAGAGAGAGAAAUGGAGCGAGUGAGCGAGCGUGAGAGGGGAAAUGCCACAGUGCGACGCAAAUAUAACUAAUGCUUAAAUGGUUAUAGAUAUACGUGUAUGUAUAUGCAUAUAUAUGUAUAUCUAUAUACAAAAAUAUGUAUGUAUAUAUGCUUACUGUAAUGUUUAAUCUUAACUGUAGUCCCUAAGCCUUAUGUGAAGUGUUAAGUCUAAGCCAUAAAAGCCACCAGUUUACUUUAGUAAUUUACUGCAACCAAUACCAACAACAACAAACAAAUAACAACAACAACAACAACAAAUAGAACUCGUUACGAACUAUUCAUAGAGAAGCGUCAAGUUGCGAGAAAAUCAUGUAAUUUUUUUUUUUAACAAGCUGAAAUUGUAUAGAGAUGAAAAAUUCAAAUGAAAAUGGAAAACUUUGUUAAAGUUGAAGUUGGCGAACGAGACGCACAGAAAGCGAAAA